AUGUCCUUUCCAACGAAAAAAAUCUUUGUUUGGAAAUCUAAUAAGGUGGAGCCGGUCGACUGUAACCCUGGGAUGUUAUCUCAUCCAAUGGCUCUGCUUAGAUGGUUUCAACUUGCUAUGUAUUUCUUACUACAAUGGCUUGUGCAGAUCACAUGUGGUAAUGAUGCAUGCACGAUGAUCAUGAACGUUUUUGGAUAUACUGCUAUGGGACAGCUUUUUGUACUUCUGAUUUUGUUACUGAUGUCGAUAAUCUGUGUACUUAUACUGAUAGCCUACGGUCUCAACAUUCACAGGACUACCUAUGCAAGCGCCAUUUUGGGAGAACGUCUCUACGCAGCUCUGGGAAUCAUUCUGUUCAUUAUUGCUGGUAUAUUAGGGACAUGGAUGGCAGUUCUUGCAAAUCAAGAAGAUGUCAACUAUCAAGGACGUGGUAAAUUUCACAUCAAAGGGCAGUGGAUAGCUGCAGCAGUAUUCGAGUUCUUGAUGGCUCUUCUAUUCAUCGGUGACUUCCUGCUGCAACGUCGUGAGGUACGGUACCGUAUUUUAGAAAUACCACGUGUUUUCAGUGUACAAAAGAAGAUCUUGGCCCCAAAUGCUCUCAAAUCCUCAAAAAAUAGGAACCGCACGUAG